ACAUGUAAUUGUAAUAUUUCAUGUGUUACGGCAUUUGUGUGACCUGGUGUACACCUGGUCACAGAAAUGCCUUAACACAUAAACUUGCACGGGUGUCAAGGCAUAUCGAAUCGGCGUGUUCCGACUCUACAUAUUUUUACAUCAUGACUGUGGUUAUGAACACAGCGGCAAAGCUGUUUGACUGUUUCAAAGCAAUUGGAGCAAUUGACAAAUAAAGAAAAUUACAAAAGAUGGAAAGAUACAAAAAUAAACGCAAACGGCUAGAUGAAAUGUCAAGUAGACAUUUGAGAAGACUCGUGCAAACUGAAAUUAAUUUGCUAGAAUUUGGAGAUCAAGAAAGACUAUCUAACAUGUGUACAUUGCCAAGUACAAGUGCUAAUACAUCAUCUUGUGUGAAUGAAUCUGACCAUCGUAGAGAGAUUGCAUACAAUAGAACUAGAAAUAACAAUUUUGACGUAUUCGACAUGUUACAUGAAUCAAAUGAAUUAAGUGACAAUGUUGACAUAUUCGACAUGUUACAUGAAUCAAAUGAAUUAAAUGACUCAAAUGAAUCAAAUAACUCUAAUGAAUCAAAUAAAAUAAAAAAUGACGUAGAUUAUUUAAUUAAUUUAAAUAUUGAAAAUGUAGAAAAAAAGAAAAAUUUUAAAUCUUUAUUACGUGACUGGGCUGUAACUAACAAUGUUAAUCAUGUAGCAUUAAGUGAACUUAUUAAAAUUCUUCGUGGUCAUGAAUGCUUUUCUAAUUUACCAGUUGAUCCUAGAACUUUAUUGAGUACGCCAAAAAACACCGAUAUCAAAACUGUUUUACCUAGUUUAUAUUCUCAUUUUGGAGCUCGUAUUGCAUUAGAGAUAUAUUUUAGAAAUUAUUAUCAUAGAUUUAAUAAUAUAAAUACUAUAGAUUUGGGAAUUAAUAUCGAUGGGUUACCUCUAUCAAAAUCUUCAACAUCAUCAUUAUGGCCAAUCUUAGGAUGUGUUUUACCAUAUAAAGAAGUUUUUAUAAUUGGUGCAUAUUAUAGCUCUAAGAAACCAACAAACUGUAAUAAAUUUUUACAAAAUUUUAUUGAAGAAAUAACAGACUUAAUAAAUAAUGGAAUUUUUCUGUGUGAGAAAUUUAACAACAUUAAAAUUAAACAAAUUUUAUGCGAUGCUCCUGCAAAAUCUUUUAUAUUAAAUAUAAAAGGUCACAAUGGUUACUUUAGUUGCACAAAAUGUAGAGUUGAAGGUGAAUAUAGAAACAGACGUAUUUGUUUUGCAGAUAUUCAUGCUACAAAAAGAACAAAUGAGGAUUUCUUAAAUGAAACAGAUGAGAAUUUUCAUUUAGGCUCUACUAAUUUAAAACAGAUACCAGGAUUAGAUUUUAUAGAAAAUAUUCCUUUAGAUUACAUGCAUUUACUUUGCCUUGGAAUUAUGAGAAAAUGCUUAUAUAUGUGGACAGCUGGUGACUUAGAAAUUCGUUUACAACAUCACAAAUGUCAAACAAUAUCAAACAAUUUAGAAACUUUUAAACGGACUAUACCAGUUGAAUUUUGUAGAAAACCAAGAUCUUUGGAUUUUUUGAAACAAUGGAAAGCAACUGAAUAUAGGCAAAUUUUAUUAUAUACAGGCCCUGUUGUUUUUCAAGGAAUACUUCCAAACGAUUUAUAUCAUCACUUUUUAACACUUCAUGUAGCUAUUAGAAUUUUAUGCUGUAAAAGUUUAUGUGAGGAUUAUUUGAAUUAUGCUGAAGAAUUAUUAAUUCAUUAUGUUAAUAGUUUUAAAAUUUUUGUAUGGAGAAUACAAUGUUUCUCAUAAUGUUCAUGGUUUGAUUCAUUUAUGCGAUGAUGUUCGAAUACAUGGCACUUUAGAUUCAUUUAGUGCUUUCAAAUAUGAGAAUUUUUUACAAAAAUAAAAAAGAAAUUUGCAAAGCUGAUAAACCAUUACACAAUUACAUAGAAGAUACAUGGAAAAAAAUAAUGCUACAUGUAAUAAAAUUUUGGCACACGAAAAAAGUUCUGAUAUACAAUUACGCAAUAAACAUUAUAAUGGUCCACUUAUUCACGACUGCAUAAAUCUACAGUAUAAAAUUAUCAGUAUUUCACAGUAUACAAUAAAAGUGUAUGACAAUGCUAAUAAUUGUUGUUUUAUGAAAGAUAAAAGUAUCAUAAAAAUUGAAAAUAUUGCAUAUUGUAACACAAGAAAAUGCUUAGUUGCUAUCGGCAAAAAAUUUAUAAUUAAGGAAGAUUUGUUUCAUAUUCCAUGCUUAUCAUCAUUACUUCAAAUUUAUAUAGUUAGUAAUUUGUCUGAAUUAUGUACAUGGCCCAUAUCGAAUAUCAACAAGAAAAUGUUAAUAAUCCCACACUUAAACGAUACAUUUGUCGUUGUACCAUUAUUGCAUAUUGAAUAAUUAAUAAAUGAUAAUUUAUAUUAAAUGUACAUAAAUAUGUGUUGUAUAUGAUAUUAUAUUAAUAUUACUUAGUAUGUAUAUGUAUAUGCUAUUGCAUGCUAUUGCAUUAUAAUAUUACUUGGUACAUAUAUUGUAGGGAUAUUACAUGUAAUAUAUUAAUUGUGAUAAGUUGAGAAAGAGAGGCGUUUCGACAAAGAAAUAAACAAUUAGGAAAACACAAGGCUCGGGGAAGCAUCCGCACAUAAUAAAGGCAAAAUUAUAAAGGAGAAAAAACGACGAGAGCGAAGUGCAGUCGUUCUCAAGCGUGUUUAUAAGGAAAAUAAAAAAAUAAUGUUUUAAUAAAAUGAUAAUUGCCUAAUGAUUAAGGGUUGAUUUAAAGAUGAUUUUUUUAAUUGUAAAAUGUUCAUCAAUAAUACAUCUGUAGGAAGAUAAUGUAGGAAUAUAGUGUUAGAACAUAAUCUAAUAAGUAUAGGAGAGUUGUGUUUUCGUGGCGAUGAUCGAGACAAUAGCGAUCGACCAAAACACGACGUCAAGACGUGUCCGGGCAUCGGCGGCCGUUGGCCAGCAAGACGAGCGAGCGAGAGCAGCUCGCGUGAAUCGCCAGAGAAGAGCAGAAAGUCGUUUACCACGGAACAGAUCGGUAAUCAAGUUGUACACAUACUAUCGUGUGUUAAUAUAUCUAUCCUGACAUUAUUAUUUUAUUUUAUAUUAAUUGGGAAACCUUUCACCAAUUUCCCUUACACAUCAAUAAUUUUCAAGUUAUAAGUAAUUUAAAAAAGAAUUUUUUUUGUAAACUAAACUUUGUGAAGUUAAAAAAGUAACAUCAUUAUAUUCUUUAGUUAAUUUUAAGUGAAAUUUACUUUAAUAAAAUUUGAAUUUAAGGCUUAGAUACAAAGUUACGUAAUGAUAAAAACUAGAAGUUUGAAAAAAUAAUCUUUUAUGACAUUUUCCAUGAAGAAAAAUUGUCUCUAAAUUUGUCAAAAUAAUCUAUCUUUUAUCAUUAGAGUGAUUAUUACCAGACACUGUGGUACAGGGUAAUAUAUUUACAAUUGGCAAUAUUAUUCGUAAUUUAUAUUAAAUGUUAUAAAUUUCUUCACUAUUUUUAGAUACUUAAAAUACAGGCAACAAUCAAAAUAAAUAAUAAGUAUUACAUUGUCGAAUUUGAAGAU